AUGAGCAGCCGUAUCCAGAAGAUGUCCACGUCGGAGCUGAAGCUGCGUCGGCUCUCAGAACAUAAUCAGCGUCUGAGGGAGGACCUGGCGAGACCGCGUAUUCGAGUGAGCGAAGCUAGUGUGAGCUUGAUUCGUUAUUGUAAAUCGACGAAAGACCAUCUCGUGCCAUCUGUAUGGGGACCAGUCAGCAAGGCGGAGGACCCCUUCGGAGCGCCUACAUCGCAGGGGUGCCAGUGCCUUGUCAUGUAG